AUGACAAUGGACACCGAUACACCAGCUACUCUCAUGUCGCAGAUGGAUCUGCAGAGACUAGUAUUGACCAUGCAACAGGACAUCUCUGCCCACAACAGUGCUUUGCAAGAGCUAAAUGCCUUGAAAACCACUAUUUUGAAUCUCCAAAAACAAAAUGAAUCCCUGACCCAAGAGAAUGAGCGUCUGCGUCAGCAACUCAACUCUCAACAAGGUUCCACAACCACUCAAGCGCAACCCAAAUCAGGUAUUCAACAGCAACCCAAACCUCAUUCUUCAGCUACUCAAUCCACGCAACAAGCACCCAAUGCCACCAAAAAGACUCCCAACAACUCUUGGACCGAAGUAAUCAAACGUUCCAAAAAGGUUCGCAACCCUGCCGAUGUAACUGACAAACAUCGCCAAGCUAUUACUCGUGGUUUUAACUUGGCUCCUGAAGGGCCCAAAGGCUACACAACGGUGUACUUUAACCGCUCUCGCCGCUUCACUCGCACUGAAGUCCGCAACAACUUGCAUCUGAUCAAAGCUGAUGCUUCUCGUAUCAUUGAUGUAACGUUCCCUGCUAGAAACAUCAUUGGCGUCCUAGUCCAUUUGCAAUACAAGGACAACCUCGUCUCCAUUCUCACCAAGAACAACAUCAAUGUUGUGGAAGGCUUUGAUCCUACUGAUCCCAAACACCUCGCUGACCCCAAGUUUAAAGAGAUGUCCCUCUCUAAGCGUGAGGAUGCUGCCUUUGACCUGCAAAUCAAUCGUUGUGCCAAGUCUCUUGUCUACCUUGCCAAUCGUCGUUCUCGUCUUUUUGCUUCUGUUGCUAAUCACUUUUUGGAAAAUGGUUGGACCACCACUGAAUACAUUGAUUCUGUCGCCCCUGUCAAUAACAUCUUUGGCUCUUCUGGUUUCAAGAAAAGCUCUGGCUCAUCUGAUGUUGACAUUCAUUAUACAUCCUCCUCGCUCCCUGACCAUCCUCUCUCUGCUUCUAAUCCGUCCUCAUCAAUACCAACUAUACUCAAUAACACUAUACCUACUACUCCUCCUCCUCCUACAGCUUUGGCUCCAGUCAUUAAUAGCGCUUCUCAACUCACUCCACUCACCAUUGGCCUCUGGAACGCUCGCGGUCUCAGAGAUACCACCAUUGAUGAUGUUCUCCGUUAUUGCCAAUCCUUCUCUGUGCUGUUCAUUACCGAAACAUGGCUGAACCGCCAUCCCAUCCGACUACCCACCAAUUGGCAGCAAUUCCACUUACCUGGCGUCACUGUCGCAGGCGGUGGUCGUGGCUCUCGUGGCAUUACAUGCUUAAUCAACCCUUCCUGUCCCCUUACAGCAUUCCAGACGCCUUUGCCCUCUGCUCUUCAAGAGUUUGCUUUGGGUAUUCAACUUGGUCGUGAACUUCGGCUCAUUUGUCUGUAUAUACCACCUGAGCAAGCGGAUCUCUAUACUGAAAAUGUCUCUUCCAUCCUGAAUGCGAUCCCGUUGGAUCAUGACACAAUCAUCUGUGGCGAUCUGAAUGCCCGCAUGGGUAGCUUUGUUGGUGACUCCUCUACAAAUAACCGUGGUCGUCUACUUCAAGAGUACUGUGCCGAUAAUCAAUUAAACGUUUUGAACUGUCAAUUAGCCCACUCUACACCUACCUUUGAGGACCGUCGUAGUGGGCGGAAUGUAAGUAGCAUUGUCGAUUACUACAUCUCAAAUGUAGAAUCACUUUCCUUUGCCUCUCUGGAUACCUCAUCUCCACCUUCUUCCUCCUCAAUUAGUAUUUACUCUGACUUGUCUUUGGGAUCUGAUCAUAAACUGAUGUCUCUGACGUUUGAUUACCACUCAAACGAACCUGCUCUUGCUAUGCCUGCUACGCCAUCACCAUCACCUCGUCUCCUAUGGAAGCUCUCACGUCUACAAGAAACGGAUGUACGCAAUUUGUAUGCACAACGCUUUACAGCCCUCUCUCAACCGUUGCUACAACAGCUGAUCUCGCUUGUGCGCUCACCACCUGAUACACAACCUCCAAUCGAUACCCUCAACAGUGAUCUCACCAAUUGUAUAUAUCAGGCACUGGAUGAAUCCGUUACUCGGCAAUCCCAGCGACCCAACUUUUGGAAGAAAUUCUGGACCCUCGAUCUUCAACGGCUCUGUGAUCAUCGUGAAGCUCUCUAUCGUAAAUAUCGUCGUUGUCCCGCUUCAUUGGACAAGGCAUAUUGGUGGAAUCAACAUGUGGAAGCACAUCAAAAGUUCAAACAGGCCCUUCGUAGAGCUAAACAGGUUUCGUGGCACGCAUUCUGUGAAUCUUUAUUCAAGCAAGACUUUUCAAAGGCCAUGUCAAAAAUCAAGUUGAUCAAAUCCAGACGACAAAGACAAUCAGGGUAUCUACAUGUGGACGGUGCUCAAGCUGGUGCUAAUGCUAUGCGUGAUCACCUUGCUACCAUUUAUGCUGGAUCCAAUCUCCCAACAAAUCGACCUCCAUGCCCUUUUGCUACACAUGGUAGACAUCUGCCAUAUGGUGUUCCUCCUCCUCAGUCAGCCUCCCAUCUUGGUGGUACUCGUCUGGCAAAUGGUGACAUCAGUACAUUGAAUCCGCAUGCUUCUCCUUUCAUCCCAUCAUACCUCUCACAUAGAACUCUACCACAUGAUGACUCUGACCCAACACGUCGUGUUGUCUCAGCAUCGGUCCACAACGAAGCUUUUGACGAGAUUAUUAGUAUUGACCAUAUCAUUCAGCAGAUCAAGUCGUUGCCAUACCGUAAAGCACCUGGCCGUGAUUCAAUUCGUGGUGAAAUGCUGAAACCCAUUCAGAAACCACUUGCCACUGUUCUGUCAUACCUCUUUGCUCUGACCUAUCAAUGGUCUUACACACCAGCGGAUUGGCGUCAUGGUAAUGUUUGUAGCAUCUACAAGAAGGGACCUGUCACGGAGGCAUCAAGCUUUCGGCCCAUCUCAUUGACUAGUACACUGAGAAAACUCUUUGAAAUGUGCCUUGCUCCCCUUGUCCUCACCAUUUCACCACCAUUAGACGUAGCCCAGAAUGGUUUCCGAUCCGCAAGAAGUGCACUUGAUAGUGCUCUUAGUCUCCAAGACUUAAUGAAAGACUACCAGAACCAACACUACCACUGGCCAACUGUGUGCUUCCUUGAUAUCAAGAGUGCCUAUGAUGUUGUUGAUCGCCGUGUGAUCUGGAAUUCGCUGCUCUCUGCCAAUGCUCCAAUGCCACUUGUCUCAUUGCUCUCCAAUUUGUUUGACGAUGUUUCUAUUUCAGUGCUGAAUCAGCAAUGCGUGUCCCAAGAACUCUCACUGCAUACUGGAUUGCUUCAAGGCUCCACCCUUAGUUCCCACUUAUUCAGUAUCUUUAUCAACUCACUGCCAGCUUUGUUGCGUCAAGCUGCAUCGUCCUCCACCACUCGUGUCAUGUCAACAUCACCAUCAUGUGCUCCCUCUCCUCUUUGGUCCGUCAUAACACCCACUCAUGCUACUAAUAUUGCUAUUAAUGCUUUAUUGUAUGCUGAUGAUGUUGCUAUUCUAGGUUCUGCUCGUGAAGUAAAACAGAUGCUGACACUAGCUGAAUCACAUUCCCUUGCACUUGGGUAUCGCUGGGCUCCUGCCAAAUGUGCUAUCAUCAAUCCACCGUCCUCCACCUCAUCUACCUUUCUUGACCUGACCUUGUAUGGAGAAUGUCUUCCUGUUGUCGAUGAAUUUGUGUAUCUCGGUAUUCCAUUUGACCGCAAGGGCAUCUGCACAACAUCUAUUGUCAAGAAAUGUCAGCGUGGUACCAUGGCUUCAAUGGCUCAGCUUAACUCCAUUGGAUGCAAUCGUUCUGGCUUCCCUCUGCUCUUCUCCACCAAAUUGUAUGCUUCAUUCAUCAGACCCAAACUGGAAUAUGGUAUUGGCAUUGCCAAUAUGCGUGUUGCUGAUUUCAAGGCUCUUGAAAAGGUCCAAGAUACGUGCCUCCGCAUGAUAUUUGGUGGCCAUCGUGCUGCUUCCACCAUGGUGUUUCGACACAUGACAAAUCUGCCUCUGAUGCGACAACGUGCUGCUAUACUGGUGACUCAAUUCUGCUUGCGUUCACAAUUCCUCCCAGAAGAUGGCCUGCUGAUACUGCUCUCUGAUUCUCUACCUGGUUCAUCUUUGAAAAGAUUAAAAAAGCAACACAUGGCUGCCCGCGCGCUUGAUGAAGUACCUUUUGCAAAUCAACGUCACAUGAAACAAUGGUUCCUUGCUGAACGCCAACAUUGGCACGCUGAGUUCCUGACAAAAACAGACAUGGUGCUGAUCCGUGCUUGCCGACCCACUAUUGGCAUUGAUCCUGUUAUGUAUGUACCUGCCAGUCGUCCUUGUCGUAGUCGUCUUAUUCGUUAUAGAAUGGGAUGGCUUCCGGGUAAGCCACGACCUUGUGCAUGCAAUGAAGAUCAUACAUCCCGUCGCCAUCUACAUGAAUGCCCCACUUUGCCACCUACUUUGCUUCUGUCUCUUCCUGUUCCGCCUGCUGACUUCACCGGCACCAUCAUUGACCAUGCUUUGAACUUGAUUCCAUCCUCCUCAUCUCCUUCUAACUGUCCACCCUACACUACGGCCCAGCUGAUGUUCUCAUGGGAACAUCGAUGUGCUCAUAUGAGAAUCUAUUUGAUGUUCUCGAAAUGUGAAAAAUGCUCUCAUAUGGGAACAUCGGCGUUCCUAAAGAUCUAUUAUAAGUCGGCCGAUGUUCUCAUGGGAACAUCCGAAAUGUUCCCAUGUGAGCACAUCCAUAUUCUUAUAUGA